AUGCAGCAAGAAUUGCCUAGGAUUCUCACUCAAGUUAGUUAGACUUCCUUUGUAAAAAAAUAGUUUAUUAAUGAAGCAUAUGAAACUCCAGAUCAGACUUAAGAUAUCACAAAUAGGUCAUUUGAUAUCAACUCUAGUGAUGAAGGUGGCAUUAAAGAUGUUAAUUAAACUUAACGGAGUUAUAAUAAUGAUAGUCAUUCAAUAGAAUAUGGUAAUAAUGAUACAGAUGUUGAGGUAAAGCUGCAAAUUAGGAAUCAGACUUUAAAUCAGCAAAUAAGCCCAAGUAAAAUUACCACAGAUGACGGAAUUUUAAUGAAUAAAUCUUAGAUCAAUCAAUUAAAAGUCUUUGAUGCAAAUACUGAUUCUGAAGAAUAUUAGAGUGUCAAGUAUAAUAAGAAGUAACAGUCGAACUUUUCUGAGCAAUCCCCUAAUCCUAUUUCCGAUGGCAAUACAAGCAUGAAAAAUUUAGUGGAUGAAACUAAGGACAGUCUCAGGUAUAGUAAUCAUAGUAGUCAGUACUUUGCAUAGCCAUUCGUUUUGGGAUACUUCUUAUAGCAAACUGAGAUGACUCAGAGCAAAAAUGAAAUGUAUCGAAUUCUAAGUAUCCUAGCAUUUGUAACAGUCUUCAUCUGCUGUGCUUGCUCUCAAUGCAUGGUGAGAGUCUCUAAAGAGAGUAAACUCCAGCUAAACGCUUACUAUCAUAAGAAAAAAUUGGAGAAAAACUUCCUUAUUCAGCGUUAUGUAAAGCGAGAAAGGGAAGAAGCCAAAAGAUAUGAAAGGCAGAGACUUGAUGAGGAGUUGUGA